AUGAUUAUUACGACCAGAACGGAUGCAGGGAUCUACAAAUGCUUGUACAAUUUUGCUGGGAUCAGGCAAGUCACAGAUCCAUUUGAGCUGCUGAUAAGAGAUCCCAGCUUCCCCAAACCAGUCCUCUCUCUGGAACCUAUGGAUGAAAUCACCAUUGGACAGAGAGUCACUAUGCGUUGUGGAACUCAAGGAGAAGUGAAAAGGUUUUAUCUGCAAAAGGAUAACUUUCAGGAUUGGUCAAUACACAGUGACAUGAACAUGUUCACCAUCAGUGAUGUGAGCAAUAAGGAUGCAGGAAGAUACAGCUGCAGUUACACCUCAGUGAGGCAACCAUAUCUCCUGUCUGAGCCAAGUAACUCUGUGGAGUUGCUGUUAACAGAUCCACAGUUACUCAGACCUACCAUCUCCAUCUCACCAACAAGGCCUUUGAAGGUUGGGGAAAAUAUCACAAUCACGUGUGCCUUUCCAGAGACACCUGCCUUGGUCUAUCUCCAUAAGGCUGGAGAGUCAACAAAAACGGUCCAGGAUUCUAAUGCACGUGUGACCAAAUUUUACCUCAGGAAAAUUACUUUGGAGGGCAAAGGAAACUAUUGUUGCAGCUGGGCACAAUCAAGAAGUCCAUUUCUAGUGUCAAAAUGCAGCAAUUGGGUGGAGCUUUUGGUAUCAGAUCCCUACUUUCCUAGACCCAUUAUCUCUCUGGGCCCCACUGAGCUGGUUGCUUUUGGGGGAAAUGUCACUUUCCAAUGUCAAAGCAAAAAGUUUUCCACGAGGUUCUAUAGCCAAAAGUCUGGAGAAGAGAUGCUUCAGCCAUGCUUGGGGACUGAUGAGACCACAGCUCAGUGCUUUGUCUCCAAUGUAGACCAGGCGCAUACAGGAGAAUAUAGCUGCAGGUACAGCGAGUCAAAACCUUUCAUCAUCUCAAAGACUAGUGAACUUGUGAGAUUGCUAAUGACAGAUCAGAACAUAGCCCGGCCCAAUAUCUCCCUGAUCCCAGGCUACAUUGCACAACUGGGAAGCAAAGUCACCAUUCAGUGCUCAGCCCAAGGUCAGAGCAAGAGGUUCUAUCUUCAUAAGGCUGAAGACAAGAAGAACCUACAAAUAGCAGUGACAAAUGAGGACAGGAAGAACUUCAGUAUCAACAAAAUGGACUGGGAGCAUGGAGGGAGCUUCUACUGCAGCUACACAGAGCCCUCACAGUUCUUCACCUCUUCAGAGACCAGUGACCGUGUGGAGCUGUUUGUUCUAGGUGAGGAUACCAAUUAA